AUGUACGCCUCUACCGUCCGAAGGUCCGCUAACUUCACCUUGGCCAACGGUGCCCAGAUCCCCAAGCUCGGGUUUGGCACCUGGAAGAUGACCAAGGAACAGGCGACUCCCGCUGUUGCCCACGCCAUCAAGACCGGCUACCGCCACAUUGACUGUGCAUGGGCAUACAAAAACGAAGAUGCUGUCGCGGCCGGUAUCAAGAAGGCCGGCGUCCCUCGUUCGCAGCUGUGGCUCACCAGCAAGCUCUGGAACAGCUUCCACGCUCCCGAGCACGUCGAAAAGGCCCUGGAUGCUUCGCUCAAGGACCUUGGCACCGACUACCUCGACUUGUACCUCAUGCACUGGCCCGUCGCCUUCCUCAACGCCAAGGGCUCCAUGGUCUCCUCCAUCCGCAGCACGGGCGGCCACCCCGUCGAGAGCACCGAUCUCUCACGUGACUUUAUGGCCACUUACCGCGCGAUGGAGGAGAUGGUCAAGAAGGGCAAGGUGCGCAACAUUGGUAUCAGCAACUUCAACAUCCGACGUACCGACGAGACCGUCGAGCAGGCUGACAUCAAGCCCGUCGUCAACCAGGUCGAAGUCAACCUCGGCGUUCACAACGAGGAGCUGCGCAACUACGCACACGCCCACGGCGUCACCCUCCAGGCUUACUCGCCCUUUGGCUCCAACCAGAACGUGGCCAAGUACCUCGAGGACCCGGUCGUCGUCGACGUAGCCCAGAGGAACAACAUCACCCCCGCGCAGGUGCUGCUCGCGUGGACGCUUGGCAGGGACAUCAUCCCCAUCACCAAGAGCGUCACCCCAGAGCGCAUCGAGGAGAACUUCCGCGUGCUCGACAUUGACCUGCCCGUCGAUGAGAUCAAGCACCUCACCAACGAGGCGCUCAGCCGUCCCAUCGAAAGGACCGUCGAUCCCACCCAAGGUUGGGCGGUCGAGGACGAGAUCUUCGAGGACGGUGUCGACCAGACGCGCGAGAACCAGCUCAAGGGCGGCGCUUACGUGCCAGCACCUGCCCAUGAGUCGCCUCUCGAGCACCGUCUCGAGCCACGCAACGACCCCGAGUCGCCCUCGCGCAUGUUCCACACGGCUGCCCACCCUCUGGCCUCGUCGUCGCGCAGCUCCAGCCGCCGACCCACCGCGAUCCAGGCCCGCCUGGCUCCCAACAAGGCCUCAUCGUCGUCGCUGUUCCGAAACUUCGCCAGCUCCAGCCGAUCGGCCGCUGUCGCCGAAGUCGCCCCACCUAGCGUAUCCGAAGCACCUGCGGUCAGUGAGAGCCCUUUGCUGCGCAACACAUCCAGGUUGGCGCUUACCACCCCCGGACUCAAGUUCAUCGACGGAGAACAGAGCAUCGAGAGAGAGACCAAGAAGAUGAACAUGUACACGGUGCGUAGAAUGUCCACAUCGACCCAAGCCCGAGCUUCCCUUUCCGCUUCCUCUUCCCCCAUCGCAGCCCCUUUGCCGUCCUCGUCGUCGUCAUCCUCGUCGUCAUCCUCGUCGGCGGCUGUUUCGGUGGCGCGAAAGUAUCCCGCCAAAAAGUCGUUCUUGUACGAAAAGUACCUGCGCCUCCUCACCGACAGCCAGAUGGUGCUUGUGCUCCAGCACAACAACCUCUCUGUCGCCGAGCUAGCCAAAGUGCGCUCAGAUAUCGCAGCUAUCAAGCUACCCGAGGGCCAGACGGCAAAGGCUUCGCUCACCGUUGUCCGCGCCGGUCUGAUGAAGGCGGCGGCGAGACAGCUGUCGAAGGACAACGCCACCAUGGAGCCGCUGCAGCCUGCCCUCAGCGGCCCGAUCGCCUUGCUGACAUGCGAACAUCUCACUCCUGCGUAUCUCAGCGCGCUGUUUAAUGUGGUCGAUAGAGCGCUCGGCCACGCACCUCCUCGAGCCCCCGCCAUGGGUCUCAAGCAUCCCGAAACCGCGGUUGCUAACCCGAGGUUGGUUCCUCUUGCGGCGGUGCUCGAGGGUAACAGGUUGCUCCAAGUUCCCCAGACCCGAGACGUGGGCAGGAUCGGCGGUCUGGACCAGCUCAGGUCGCAGAUUGUCGGCUUGCUCAGUGCACCUGCUCAGCAGUUGGCGGGUGUGCUUAGCCAGGCCAGCGGUCAGCAACUGGCUCUGACGCUCGAGGGUCGAAAGAGGGAUCUUGAGGCCAAGCAGUAA